CAGCACGCUUUUUGUUCAAGCUCAGAAAGACAGACAGUCGAGCCUUCACAGAGGUGCGCGUUUUUACGUUUCUCACCAAAUGUACUUCUAAAACGCUGACAUCAGCACCGUCGCUUUUGUCAGGCGCAUUCAACUGGAUGCAUCUCUUCACCCACAGUGCCAGUUUUGGAAACUAAAUUGUUUUUUUUUUGGUGGUGUUCAAACAGGGACAGUAAAGGUGUCCCGGGUGGAUUUUCCUUGAAACCAGUUCUCUGUUGGUUUUGCUGGAGUAUGACUGCUGUCAGGUCCAGUUACUAGACUAUCUGUGACCGAAAGGAGAAAGUAAGCUUAUGCUCCCCUUCAUCCUCCGCGCUGGAUAUCUAUGGAGAGGGUGUCCUGUCUGCUCUCACGCAGCUCUCGGAGUGACUUGCGGCCGAGACAGCACUGUGAAUGUUGAAUUCACCGACCUGGAGAGCAGAAGACGACACACUUAACCUCAUUUGAAUGCCUUUGCAAGGAGUUUGCUGGUUUCUGUGCUGCAGGCAGGGCUUCAGUUUGCUCGGACGAGACUAUGGGGAGAAAGAGGAGGAAGAGUCUUUUGAAUUGCGCAACAAGGAGGACUUGACUCCCAAUGGACGGAGUCCAGCUGAAGUGACUGUUUCUCAACCAACUCGCACAGCAAACGGAACAAAUGGGCACACGGUCUCAGACGUGUCUGAAGAGAUGAAGAGUCUGAUCAUCGAGAAGAAUAAGAUGGGCCUGGAGGAAGAGCCUGAACUGCUAGUCAAAGGGUGGCUGUUGCGGGAGGUGCGAGGAAACUGGAUCAAGCAGCGGCGGUAUUGGUUCGCACUGAGCCAGGACUCCCUUGACUACUACAGUGGGCCAGAGAAAGGAGCCCGAAGACUGGGCACGCUGGUCCUCACCAGCCUCUGUUCUGUCAUCUGGCCAGACAAGCAGACGUACAAGGAAACAGGCCACUGGAGCAUCACAGUUUAUGGGCGGAAGCACUGCUACAGACUGUACACCAAGCACUUCAACGAGGCAGUGCACUGGGCAUGUGCCAUCCAGAAAAUCAUUGAUACCAAAGCACCAGUGGAAACACCAACACAGCUCCUGAUUCGAGACAUCGAGGAGAAUAAGUUCAACCCCGAGGUCGUGGAGCAUAUCUACCAGCACAACCCCAUCUUGAAGUACACCCAGGGCCCUCUGUACGCUCCACUGCUGCCCUUCCCUUACGGCAGCCUGGAGCACACAUACCACAGUGGGAAAGGCUAUGGCUCGGUGCGUGAAGAGGCCGUGAAGCUCUUCAACUGCCUGCAGCAGCUAGAGUCGGCACGGGAGCCGGUUCCCAUCAUCCAGGGCGUGCUGCAGACCUGCCUGGACCUGCGGCCUCUCCGCGACGAGGUCUACUGCCAGCUAGUGAAGCAGACCAGCUACACCCCGGCACCGUACACUGCCGCACACCUCCGCUACUGGCAGCUUCUCACCUGCAUGAGCUGCACCUUCCUGCCUGGGCCAACUGUGCUCAAGUACCUGCGAUUCCACCUCAAGAGGAUCCAGAGCCAGAGUCCUGAGUCUGAAAUGGAUAACUAUGCGUCUUUCAUCAGCGAGGCUCUGGAGAAGACCAAGUGUCGGGAGUGUGUGCCAUCCUGGGAAGAGAUCCAGAUGCUGAUGAGCCGACAGGAGAUGCUGUGCACUGUGCACUAUCCUGGCCCGUUGUCCUGCCAGCUCAACAUCAGCUCGCACACUACGGCCAAUGAGGUGGUUCGAAUGAUGCAGGUGAAGCUCGGCCUGCAAGAGAGCAAAAACACGUUUGCCUUGUACGAGCAGAGUGCAUUGUGGGAGCAGCCGGUCACUGGCAGCGCUCUGAUCGCAGACACCCUGACCAGCCUCUCCACCAAAGAGUCAGAGUCUAAAUGCCAAUGGAAACUGUGUUUCAAGCUCUACUGCCUGUUGGAUGCUGACAGCAUUUCAGUGGACAGCAUUGAGUAUCUCUUCCUCUUUGAGCAGUGCCAUGAGAUGGUGGUGCGUGGCCAGCUGCCAGCCUGUGAUGAGGACCUGCAGUCCUUAGCUUCCCUGAGGCUUCAGUGUCUGAUGGGUGACUUCAGCACACACGCCCCCUACCCUCCUCUGGACGAGCUGUUCCCAGGUCACAUGCUAGAAGCUCGAGUGGUCAUGUCCCUUUCUGCACCCCAUGCGUUGCCGCCUUGUCAGGUGGCGGCUCAGGACUGCCCCACGGCACAGCGCUUCCCCACGGGUCUCCUGGCAGGGACGCUGUGGAGCCACACGGCGAUCGCAGCGCACAAGCAGAAGGUGGAGCAGGACAUGCGCCUGCGGAGCCGGCUGAAGGAGGAGGCAGCUGCUGUCAUGGGAUCCAUCUUGGAGCGUUGGAAAGGUGUGGCCGGCUACAGCCGCAGGGACAGUAUGGCUGCCUACCUCACAAUUGCACGCCAGUGGUCGGGCUUUGGAUGCACUCUUUAUGAAGUGGACUUUUACAUUAGUUCGACAGGGAGUUUUUCCCAGAAGUUGUGGCUGGGUGUAGCUGCUACAUCCGUGUCUGUGUAUCGGCAGGGAGAGGCAGAGGCCCUGGAGUCCUUCCCUUAUGGCCAGAUCUGUUCUUACGGCGUAUCCGAUAGCAACACCUUCAAGAUCACAGCUGGGGAUCGGGAUCUGCUGUUUGAAACCACCAAGCUGACUGAGAUCAUGCAGCUGAUGAAUGCGUAUUUCAGUGCCAUCCGUCGCCAGCGAGGGAAAGGGGAAAAUGCAGACAUCACCAGAACAGGAAGCACAGAGGUGGGAUUCCAUCACCUCGACUCGACACACAAACACACCCUCCUGGAGCUGCCCUCGCACCCAGUUUGAAAGAGACCCAUACCCGGACACCCCCAACCCCCCACCCUCCUCCUCCACGUGGCCCCUAUGAGGCCGAGCCCCAGUCCUCAAGACACCACGCCUCCUCCGCUGGGAACGGCACGGCAGCCAAAACAAAGAGAGGGCUGUUUUCGCUCCCCAUCCGUGAAAAUAAACCCUUGCUGAGCUUUCCAGCUGAAGGGGCUGA